CCACAGAUCUCCACCGGAAGUCAGGAAGACUGCCUUCGGCGCGGAGAAAAGCAAGUAGGAUAUCUUAAUCCUUCGGCUGUAUCCUGCUUGCCUCUACUGUGGUGACCUUUGGUAAGAAAUGUCUUCUGUAAAAAGAAGUCCAAAGCAAGAAAUAGUUACACAGUUUCACUGUUCAGCUGCUGAAGGAGAUAUUGCCAAGUUAACAGGAAUACUCAGUCAUUCUCCAUCUCUUCUCAAUGAAACUUCUGAAAAUGGCUGGACAGCUUUAAUGUAUGCGGCAAGGAAUGGGCACCCAGAGAUUGUCCAAUUUCUGCUUGAGAAAGGGUGUGACAGAUCACUUGUCAAUAAAUCAAGGCAGACUGCACUGGAUAUUGCUGUAUUUUGGGGUUAUAAGCAUAUAGCUGAUUUACUAACUCCUGCCAAAGGUGGGAAGAAGCCUUGGUUCCUAACGAAUGAAGUGGAAGAAUGUGAAAAUUAUUUUAGCAAAACACUACUGGACCGGAAAAGUGAAAAGAGAAAUAAUUCUGACUGGCUACUAGCUAAAGAAAGCCAUCCAGCCACAGUUUUUAUUCUUUUCUCGGAUUUAAAUCCCUUGGUCACUCUAGGUGGCAAUAAAGAAAGUUUCCAACAACCAGAAGUCAGGCUUUGUCAGCUGAACUACACAGAUAUAAAGGAUUAUUUGGCCCAGCCUGAGAAGAUCACCUUGAUUUUCCUUGGAGUAGAACUUGAAAUGAAAGAAAAGCUACUUAAUUUUGCUGGUGAAGUCCCAAGAGAGGAGGAAGAUGGGUUGGUUGCCUGGUUUGCUCUAGGUAUAGAUCCUAUUGCUGCCGAAGAAUUCAAACAAAGACAUGAAAAUUGUUAUUUUCUUCAUCCUCCAAUGCCAGCUCUUCUCCAAUUGAAAGAAAAAGAAGCUGGGGUUGUAGCUCAAGCAAGAUCUGUUCUUGCCUGGCACAGUCGAUAUAAGUUUUGCCCAACCUGUGGAAGUGGAACUAAAAUUGAAGAAGGUGGCUAUAAGAGAGUAUGUUUAAAAGAAGACUGUCCUAGUCUGAAUGGCGUUCAUAAUACAUCCUACCCACGAGUUGAUCCAGUAGUAAUCAUGCAAGUUAUUCAUCCAGAUGGGACCAAAUGUCUUUUAGGCAGGCAGAAAAGAUUUCCCCCAGGCAUGUUUACUUGCCUUGCUGGAUUUAUUGAGCCUGGAGAGACAAUAGAAGAUGCUGUUAGGAGAGAAGUAGAAGAAGAAAGUGGAGUCAAAGUUGGCCAUGUUCAGUAUGUCUCUUGUCAGCCAUGGCCAAUGCCUUCCUCCUUAAUGAUUGGUUGCUUAGCUCUGGCAGUGUCUACAGAAAUUAAAGUUGACAAGAAUGAAAUAGAGGAUGCCCGCUGGUUCACAAGAGAACAGGUCCUGGAUGUUCUGACCAAAGGGAAGCAGCAGGCAUUCUUUGUGCCACCAAGCCGAGCUAUUGCACAUCAAUUAAUCAAACACUGGAUUAGAAUAAAUCCCAAUCUCUAAAU